UAUAAUUGUUCUGAUUGGCUACUGCGUUCAUGCACAUUUCAAAUAGCCGGAAACAGCUGACUGCAACAUUUCUUGUCAAAACAUUUGGAGUUCGUGCGUGGCCGAUCAUCUUGUGUGCCUGAGGACAUGAGGAGCGACCAGUUUGACUCUUCGUCUGAAGAUGACGACGUCGGCGAGGAAGAGGAGAUGCCUUUGGACAUUUCCUGGGUUCCUUUGUCAGAAGUGGGUUCCUCUCAAUUUGUGGGCAUAUGUUCCCUACCAGGUUGCAGGUACAAAGAUAUUCGCCGGAGUGUCCACAAAGACGUCGAGGAGCUUCACAACCAAGGCGUGCAGGACGUAUUUGUGCUGUGCACGCGAGGCGAGCUGUCCAAGUACCGCGUGCCGUCGCUUCUGGAGGUCUACAAGCAGAAGGGUCUGAGCGUGCACCACAUGCCCUUCCCCGAUGGGGAGGCGCCCCCUCUGGAGCAGUGCGGACGCAUCCUGGACGAGCUGCAGCGCAGCCUAGAGGCCAACCGCAGGACCCUCAUCCACUGCUAUGGCGGUCUGGGACGCUCUGCAUUAAUCACCGCCUGCUUGCUCAUCCGGCUCUCUGUAACCAUGACAGCCAACCAAGCCAUCAACAUCUUGCGCGCGCACCGAGGACACGGAGCCAUUCAGACGAUCAAACAAUACAACUUCCUGCACGAAUUCCGAGAAAGCUACGCCGCUUACCAAGAGAGCCGAGAGUUUCACACGGAGCGCUCCGUUUCUCGAUGAGCCAUUUCCUCCCGUGAUGUCAUCGAGUGCACGUUAACAUAAAAUACAUCUUAAUAUAUUUCUCGCUCUUUAUGAAUUCCAAGUCCUGAACCGGAAAGAAUUCAUUCUGCUUGUUGUUCUGCCUUUAUGAUUUUUCUUUUAAUUAAAAUUUUGGGACGGUGGUGUACAAUUAAAGCCAUAAUAAAAAUGUCAAAAACA